GCACCGCUCUGUUCUGUCCGUCUCCUCCGCCCUGAGCUGAAGUACCGCAGAGGCAGCAGCUUCGAGAGAUCAGCUCGGUUCCAGAUUGUCUGAGCGAUCGAGCUGACUGAGCGGAGAUUUCCUCAGGAUCCGAGCGAGACCGGACUUCCAACUCACAAACCGACUGAUGUGAGAAACACAGCGGUGCAGACAAAAUGGGGAUAUUUGGACUGACAGUGGGAGCUUUGCAUUACCUGGGGCUCUAUGUGCAACUCUGUGCGUGUUCACAAGCUCUAUUUACUGAGGUCCCUCAUGAUGUUUCAGCCAGAGCUGGGCAAGAUGUGGAGAUGGCCUGUGCUUUUCGGGGCAGUGGUUCACCAUCUUACUCACUGGAGAUUCAGUGGUGGUAUAUCCGAAACUCCAAGGACUGGACUGACAAACAAUCAUGGAGCUCUCACCAGAUGAAGACUUCUACUCAUGAGGAGUCUAGGAAAGAUGCAACAAAAAUCAGCGCUGUGAAGGUAGUUGGAAGCAAUAUCUCUCACAAACUGCGAUUGUCCACCAUAAAAACCUCAGAUGAAGGCACUUAUGAAUGCAGAGUGACUGAUUACAGUGAGGGCAAACCCAGACAUCACAAAGUGAAAGCUUAUCUGAGGGUCAAGCCUGUGCAGGAUCAUGAGAUGCUGGUACAUGAAGCUGCUGCACACAUGCAGGACACCAAGGUGCUGGGAAGUGAUAUGAAGGCUCACACGAAUCACAUUGCUAAAUCCUCGUCUUUUUCCAACAGCCCUAAAUCUAUCCAAAUCAUGAAUGAACAAGCCCUGGAUACUGACUGUGAACAGAAUGAUCUGUCUCUUGAUGCUGAUCGUAUCCACUGUGUUUAAUAGAAUGAGCUGUCAUGGAGAGUCAAGUGUUUGUAAAUUGUAUAGAAGGAGUGCAUGACCAGCUUCUUUGUGGGAGUAUUUUGGCAAAGAAUAUCUCUAAAACUAUUAUUUAAAGGGGGUAAUCAGCUUUUUGACCAUUUUUGUUACUUGUUAUACUUCAUGUUUAUUGGAAGUGAAACAUUAAUUUCAUUACAUUUUCAUUCAUGUUCAGUAAUAUACUAACAGUAUCUCUUAUUUACUUAAUAAUCCAAUAGAAGCAAGCUCACAUCUGUCUUUUAUCAAAAAGAUACAAUGACAGCUUUACAUCGAACAGAAUAAUGACACAGAUGACUUUAAUCUUUAAAUAUAAUAAACAUCAAUUUCAACAUCAGUGGAAAGAUGUUUCAUCCUCACUUUCUUUUCAACUAACAGUUGACCCCUUGUCUCAACCUAGGUUUCCAAACUCAAUCCAGUUUUUAACAAUUCCAAAACUUUUAUAGUUGAUGAUUAUAGCCCCAUGUUACCUGAUAAAUCUCAACCUUAUGUUUGGCUAACCAUUCUAAUCCCAUUAGAAUGACUCCAAUAUUGUGAUUUAAUAUUAAUUAUAUUAUAGGUCUCAAGACUCAUUUUAUCAAAUAAUACCACCACUUUUUAAACCUCAGCUUCAUUCUCGUAAAGUCUCUUAAUUCCAUCUCAUGCAACCGUCACAACCCUUAUUCUCCUGAGUUUCUAUUCUGCCUUUUCUUCACAUCCACCAUCACAUGUAAUAAUCCAAACUUGUUACCACAUUUUCUAAUCUCAUCUAAAGAGCCCAACACCAUUUGCUUAGUAUCCUCAACUUGUUCCCACCUAACAACCCCAAUCCCAUUUUUAUCUAACAGUUCUAUUAAUGUACAUUUAAUUAUCCAAUUGUCCAUAGUUCUGUGACAUCUCAGGUGAAUUCUACAAUCAUGCGUUAUCUCAUAUAACAACCCCAACCACACACUAUGAAAAGUUCCAAUCUCCUUUUACCUAAGUAUCAGUGGCACUUUGGUUAGCAUUGCUGCCUCUCAGUGCCAGGGAUGUAAGUUUGAUUCCAGCCUUGGGCGAUUGUACGUAUGGAUCUUGCACAUUCUCUCUGUGUCUGUGUGGUUUUCCUCCCAAAGUCCAAAGAUGUGCAGGUUAGGUGGAUUGGCCACGCUAAAUUGCCAGUAGUGUCCAGGAUGUGCAGGCCAGGUGGAUUAGCCAUGGUAUUAACAGGGAUGGGAUGGGUUUGGGUGGAAUGCUUCUCUGAGGGUUGGUAUGGACUCAAUGAGCCGAAUGGCCUGCAUCCAUACAGUAAGGUGUCUGUCUAUCUGUUUGACUUCUUCUUUAUUCUCAAAAAGCAACUUUAACCCAUUUCAUUUUAACCACAAUCUUAUAAUACCCCAUCACAAUAUAAUCAAUAAACAGUACUCAACCUUCCCUGACUCAAUCUUUUUAACUCAUUAAAAAUUAUUUCAUCCUCAUCAAGAAGUUUCCCUUGAAUAUUGCGAUCUCAUCUGACAAACCAUACACCUAGGCUAACAAACGUUGAUUCCCUAAUGGUCUAUAAUAACCAAGUAUCUUGAAUACAAAGCCCUACCUGGAGAUACAGCUUGCAGAAAUAUUAGUGCAACAUUAAUACACUGUUAAAGAAUUUUAAAAAUGAGACCAUCAUUGAAUACCAGGAAAACGUUUAAAUCAAUAAACAUAAUACUAUCCUUUUGUUUCUUUUUUCUAUAUCAAUAACUAGGAGUAGUCAGCAACUGAAAUAUAAACAUGCCAUGCAUUGCUAGUGUCUACAUAAAGAGGGGUGGAAUUGCAAUGAAAAAGAAUUUCUUUUGCUCUCCCUGACUAGUUAAUUAUUGUGAUAAAAUACCUGUGUCUAGCAAUGGUUUAUGGGCUACAUCAAAUAUUUACCAGGAAUGUUAGAUCAUCUGACUUGAUGGUGUCCUUCAAUACUGCAUAGGUUGACCAGGUCUCAUUAUUUUGAUAAUUCACCUGAAGGAACAUAUCUGGUACCAUGCAAUAGAAUGUUUUGCUGUAAAUAGAGCUGUUUUGUGAUUUUCUCUAUUAACCCUUUUUUUCAAUUUAGUUGUGCCACUUUGAAAUAUUUGUGUAAGAAAUCUAAAGUAACAUUGUUUUAUCUGCAAGUAUUUUUAAAUUGUAUAUGGUCAAACAUCAUUAAAUCAAUUAAAAAGAGCAGAACUUAGGCACUGAAAAUAGCAUAAUAUAUUUUAGAUUGUGCCAAUCAUCAGGAUCGAUUUUCCGUGACAGGGCCAACGAGAACUGGUUUUGUCUUUUAGCAAUUAAAGUAAUAUAUCCAUAAUGCCUCCAGAUAUACAAUGCCCUUGUUAUAUUGGAAUAUAAUCACUAUGUGUUGACAAACCUGCAAUGGUACCUGUUAGCCUGUCAAAAAUAUGGACUGAACAGCUUCUAGCCCUGUACUUUCAUUACCAGUAAAUUACCAUGUAAAGUACUGACAUGUAUUACAAAUUGUGCCACUUCAUACUUCGGAACCCAUUUAAUGAGCAGUGAAGUGGGAUGAUGCUGCAGGCUUUAAAGCCCAUUUAAUGGGUCAUUCAAAUAGUCCAUUCAAACUGUGCACAGCUGCCAGUCUAUAUGGCUGAAAAAAGACAGAAAAUGCUGGAAAUACUCAGCAGGUUUGGCAGCACAUGAAGCAUUUUGCUUCUGUACAUCUGAAAACUAUUUCUGUGAGAAAGGAAAAAAAAUCCAGAAAGGAAUGGGUCAUUGCACACAAAUCAUAUUUAAGUAUUUCUUUAGUGAUAAAGUAGCUAUGGAAACAUUCAGAGCCACCUUUGCAGCAGCUUUUAAUUACUGGAUUUUACUUUGGCUAUUUGUAGCAGAGUAUCUCUGUAAAUGAUUUUGCUGAAUGUGAUUAAUAAACACAAAAAUAUGGAUA